CGUUAAUCGAGUUGGUCUUGACUCUCAAGAAGGUCACUCUGUACUGUACGCCACCUAUACACACGACCACCCAACCAAGACAGCCACACGGGUCCUUUCCUGCUUGUGGUGCGCGUGCAUGGCAUCGAUUCACUCGACAGGCGGUGAUCCGUCGCAUGAAUGGAUGACAUCAUCGCAACGUAAACAGGAGAGGACACACAUGCACUGCACGCUGCAGCGAGAGGCAAUGGCAAUAUAGACAGACAGAGGCAAUCCCAGCGAUCUCUCCCUUUGCUCUCUUGGCCCAUCUGGUGGCGGGACCAACGUGGAUGCGAUGCCACCCGCCCACCCGACGACACUCACGCAAACCGGACACGUCCGGCCGGCCAGGCAGGAACCAGCAUGUAUCUGUCUGUACAGGAGAUACUCAAGAAGUGAGGCCAUGCAUCAACACCUCCGUGAGUGUUUUGCUCCUCUUUGCUUUGUCUGUCUCUGGUGUGUCCGGUGUGCCCGCCAAGGUGGUGAUGGCAUAGACUCCGUCACGCGCGCGUGUGCAACAGAGUCGACCCGCCCACCACAGCCACGGCCACACCAUCCAUUCACACAGACGCCGCACGAACACAGAAGAAGGUCGAAAAUAGGUGGAAAAAAGGCGGAGGCAUGGUAUGGUAUAGGUGUGUGUGUAGGUAGGGUAUGUCGGUGUCUGUCUGUCCAUCUGCACUGCAUGGUCGUCAACUCAACGCCGGCAUGCGGGGACCUGUACACACAGAGGCGAGGAGGGAGGGAUGCGAUGCGGUAGAGCCCUUCCCUUCCUCUCUCUGUGUGUGUCAAUCGAUGCAUGUGAUGUAGGUGUGUACCCUACCUGGUUGUCGGCAUCCCCCUGCUGGUUGUUGUCCACCUCAUCCUCGAUGUACUCGGUGGUAUCUGUGUCCCUCCCCAAGUACACCUCUCGGCCACCACCACGACCACUAUCCACACCAGCACCAGCAGCAGCACCCACACCCCCGGCCCCCUCCUCCCGCUCCCGCAUCAUCUGCCAGCGCGCCAUGAUGAAGUCCUCACGACUGUACCGCCGCUCACGCACACGAUCGUCUUCCACCUCAUCCGAGGGUCUGACGCCGUCCUGGCGAUGGUGGUGUUGCGUGUGGCUGUCGGUCGACCUGUGGCGGCUGCGUGUGUCGGUGUCGAUUUGGUCGUUGGUGUGGGUGUGGUGCUGGGGCUCGGGGUGUGGGUACGGGUGAGAUGAGGGGCGGGGGAGGCCGUCGGUCUCGUCACGGGCACCUGAGAGAGAAGGCGCAACAUGGACGCAAUGGAGGCCCUCUUUGUACGUUGUGUGCUGUCUGUGCUGUUCCGCUCCACACACCGGCUGUGUCGUGGUGGUAGUGCUGGCCUGACGGCUCCUGCAGGUCGCUCAACAAAUCAUCUGCACACAAACCGACACAUGCCCCACAACACAGCACAGCAGGCACAGAAGAGGCCAUGAUUCGAUGCAAACAGACAGCCCCGCCAUCUCAGCUCUGGUGUCGCUCACCGAAGUAGUCCUUCCAUUCCCCCAGACACCAGAUCUGCCGUGGCGUGACGCUGGAUGCCGGGUUGUCCUUCUCGCGCAUCAUCUCGGGCACGAUGCUUCCUUCCAUCAGCGCCGCCACCAUCUCCAGCAUCUUCCGAUAGUAUGGCAUGUGGACCACCUCCUCUAGCGGCCGCUCCUCCACCCUCUCCGCCACCCAACUCAUGAGCUCGAUGCACCGCUUGACAUCACGGCGUGUGUGGUGGCGGUCGCGGCGUCCAUCCAUCUCGGUAACAGGCUGUGAG